AGGUAGCCUACAAUAUCAGCGGUCCUGCUCCCGAAUAACAUCUUUGGGAGUAAACCAUGAUUCCGUAUAUGUUAAUCUAUUGCCAUUUUAAAAAGUACGAUAAUAUUUUUAAUUGCAUUUAGUAGUAUAUAAUUGUCGUUCCCCUUGAAAACAGAGGCCCUCGCAUUGUCUGGGAGAGCAAGACCACUGAGGUUAAAAAAUAACGAACGUGGAACUGCGCAUGUGCAGGAUAGCAGAAAGCCGAAGCAACAAACAAACAUCAAGCAGAGACGGACAGCAACACAGAUCAAGCGCUAUCUUACAGAUCGCUAGCUACAUGAGUUAUCUUUGAAAAAUGAAAAUCAAAACUGUCGUUUAAUAUACACUGCAGUUCCACCCUAAUGAAGGAGCUCCGUCCUGGCUGAUUUUGGGAGAUGGGAGUACUCAACAUUACAGACCAGCCUCCACUGGUCCAAGCGGUUUUCAAUCGGAAUGCCGAUGAAAUUCAACAACUAUUGCACAACAAGAAAGAGGAUGUCAAUGCACUGGACCAAGAGCGCCGCACACCGCUACAUGCUGCUGCCUGUUUGGGAGAUGUUCAUAUCAUGGACUUCCUCAUCAAUGCAGGUGCAAAUGUAAAUGCUAAGGACCAUGUGUGGUUAACCCCAUUGCACAGGGCAGCUGCCUCCCGGAAUGAAAGGGCAGUGGGACUACUUCUGCGGCAGGGAGCUGAGGCCAAUGCACGGGACAAGUUCUGGCAGACACCACUGCAUGUUGCAGCUGCCAAUAGAGCCACACGCUGUGCAGAGGCCCUGCUACCCCAACUGAGCAAUCUGAACAUGGCAGACCGCACUGGCAGAACCGCUUUGCACCAUGCUGCUCAGAGCGGAUACAUGGAGAUGGUGAAGUUGCUGCUGAAUAAAGGGGCUAACUUGAGUGCCAAUGAUAAGAGAGAGAGACAGCCUAUCCACUGGGCAGCGUACUUGGGGCAUCUGGAGGUGGUGAAGCUGCUAGUGUCUCGGAGUGCAGACAAAGGCUGCCAGGACAAGCAGGGCUACACCCCUCUACACGCUGCAGCUGCCAGCGGACACAUUGACAUCGUCAAGUACCUUCUGAGGCUCGGGGCAGAGCUGGAUGAGCCCAAUGCCUUUGGGAACACUGCACUGCAUGUGGCCUGCUACACAGGCCAGGAGGCUGUGGCCAACGAACUGGUGAACCACGGAGCUAACGUCAACCAGCCCAACAGGAGUGGCUACACCCCACUGCACCUGGCUGCUGUAUCCACCAACGGGGCCCUCUGCCUGGAGCUGCUGGUCAACAACGGGGCUGACGUCAACCAGCAGAGUAAAGAAGGGAAGAGCCCCCUGCACAUGGCAGCUAUUCAUGGACGCUUCACCCGCUCUCAGAUCCUCAUCCAAAACGGUGGAGAGAUUGACAGUGUGGAUAAAUAUGGCAAUACCCCCCUCCAUGUUGCUGCUAAGUAUGGUCAUGAGCUGCUGAUCAGCACACUGAUGACCAACGGUGCAGAUACAGCCAGACAAGGGAUUCAUGGGAUGUUCCCUCUGCACCUGGCUGUGCUCUAUGGGUUUUCAGACUGUUGUCGCAAGUUACUCUCCUCAGGUCAGCUGUACAGUAUUGUUUCAUCUAUGAGUAAGGAGCACGUUCUAUCAGCCGGGUUUGACAUCAACAUCCCAGACAACUUUGGAAGGACGUGUCUACACGCUGCUGCCUCUGGAGGAAACGUUGAAUGUCUGAACAUGCUCUUAAGCAGUGGUACCGACUUGAAUCAGAGGGACAAGUCGGGAAGGACUCCGUUGCAUUAUGCAGCUGCUAAUGGGAGGUACCAGUGCACCGUGACCCUAGUGAGCGCUGGCGCUGAGGUCAACGAGCCUGACCGUACAGGCUGUACUCCCCUGCACUACUCUGCUGCCUCCCAGGCCUUCUGCAGAAUGGACCGACAUUUCCCCGGGACUCUUCAGAGGGAGGAGGAUGGAGCAAAGGAGUCCUAUUUUAGUUGCUUGGAGCAUCUGUUGGACAACGGUGCCGAUCCAUCCCUGGUCAACUCUAAAGGUUACAGUGCUGUUCACUAUGCUGCUUCCCACGGCAACAAGCAGAACCUGGAACUGCUCCUGGAAAUGUCGUUUAACGCAUUGGGAGACAUUGAGAGCAGUAUUCCAGUGAGUCCAUUGCAUUUAGCUGCUGAUAAUGGCCACUGGCAGGCGCUGCGUGUGCUGACGGAGACUGCUGCGUAUGUGGACGUGCAGGAUGCCUCGGGCCGCUCUGUGCUCUACCUGGCCUCCCAGAGAGGUUACGCCCGCUGUGUAGAGGUCCUGCUAGCCCAGGGGGCCUCCUGCCUCCUCAACGAGAACAGACACAUGUGGACCCCUCUACAUGUCGCAGCUGCCAACGGCCACACUGAAUGUCUGCACAUGCUGGUGGACAGUGGGGAGGAGGCAGACCUUACCAACAUCACAGACACACAGGAACAGACUCCUCUGAUGCUGGCCGUCCUGGGUGGCCAUACAGACUGUGUCCACCUGCUGUUGGAGAAGGGGGCCUGGCCUGACACCAAAGACAAGAGGGGCAGCACUGCCCUGCACAGAGGGGCUGCGUUGGGCCGUGACGACUGUGUCACAGCCAUGCUGGACCACAAGGCCUCUGCACUGUGUCGGGACGGCCAGGGUCGUACCCCACUGCACUACGCUGCCUCCCGCGGCCACACUGACAUCCUCGCCAGUCUGCUGCGUGCGGCCACGCGCUCCGACCCACUUGACUCCCUAUUGGACCAUGAAGAGUACACGCCAUCACACUGGGCUGCUUACCAAGGUCAAGAAGACUGUUUGGAGGUUUUACUUGAACACAAAACUUGUAGUAUCCAGGAGGGAAACUCCUUUACCCCAUUGCACUGUGCUCUAAUGAAUGGCCAUAGUGGAGCUGCAGAGAUGCUGUUGGAAUCUGCUGGUGUACAGAUGGUUAACACCAGGGAUACUAAAGAAAGGACCCCUCUUCAUGCCGCAGCAUGUGCUGAAGAUGUGGCGGGGCUGCAGCUGGUCCUACGCCACGGAGCUGAGAUCAAUGCCGUGGACCACACCGGACGCUCUGCUCUCAUGGUCGCCGCCGACAACGGACAGAGUGGCACCGUGGCCAUCCUCUUGCACCGAGCCAAGGCUGACCUGACACUGCUGGAUGACAAUGGAAACACUGCCCUGCAUCUGGCCUGCAGCAAAGCUCAUGAGAUGUGUGCCCUGCUGAUUCUGGGGGAGAUCCAUAACCCUACCCUCAUCAAUGCAACCAACGCUGCACUGCAAAUGCCGCUGCAUCUAGCAGCACGCAACGGUCUGGCUACAGUUGUCCAAGCACUGCUGAGUCGAGGAGCCACAGUGCUGGCAGUGGAUGAGGAGGGACACACUCCAGCCCUGGCCUGCGCCCCCAACAAGGACGUAGCUGACUGCCUGGCUCUGAUCCUCUCCACCAUGAAACCGUUCCCUCCUCUGGACCCUUCCUCCUGCCCCUGCUCCUCUUCCUCCGUCUCCCCCAGUCUCAACCUACUGAAGCAUUGCGGCAUCACUGCUGCCUGCACGCCGCUACCCAACGGAGGCCUCCACCAUCACAACGGCUAUGUCAAAGACCGCCAUGCCGCUGUCAGCCUGGACGGAUGCCUUUCUGAGUGAGGUCAUCCUACAUCUACUGUCUGACAGCACUACCACCACCACAGGGUAGCCUGUGUAUAUGUGUGCGAGUGAUCUUCUCCUGAAGUGCAGUCAAACCUAUAUGCAAAUGAAGCCCACAGCAUCUAUCUAUCCCAGCUCUGUAUACGUUAGUGCUUAACACUGAGACCGAUCUCUCUUUCUGUAAGGUCACUGGAAUACUGCUUUGUCUCAAAAUGGUUACUAAUAACCACCCACAAAAUCCCUUUAAAUAAUGUCCCGCAAAUAGGUACUCGUCAGCACAGAAAAAUGACUGACAGCUAAAAGCACUGUUUAUUCUUUUUUUUCUUCUUCUUCUUUUUAGUAUUUUGUUGAGUCACUUUUUUUUUCUCUUCAUAUCAUUCAGUAUUUAACAUCCUAUGACGUGCUGGCCUUGUAGAGAAAUGCACAGCCUUCCUAAAAGGAGAAUGAUUCAACGGGUUAUAGUGAAGGACUUUAUGAAUGAACCAUACAAAGUCUUACCCAAAAGUGCAAUGCUAAAAUAUAAAGAUUCUGACUAACAAAAAAAUAUAUAAUAUGUACCUUCUGUAGUAACCUAAUUUAAACUUUUGGCCUCGUUUUUUUGUGGGGCAUUUUCAUAGUGGAGAAUUCCAUAGGGCUGCUAAAGUUUGAAAGAUGCAUAUGUAAGCAUGUCUCCUUACAAAGGAGAACAAUGCUCAGGUUGGCAUUUCAGCAAACAUUUGCUCUCAAUGCUGAAGUAUUGUCUAGAACACAAUUUUGUGUUUACAAAGUGAGAAUUUGGUUUAAAGCAUAUACAUUAUGACCAAAGGUGAAUAUCACUGCUAUGACUGACAAAAUAUUUAUUUGAGAAAUAUUUACAGAGAAAGAUCGAUGUUGAGAUACCUCUUAAGUCAUUUUGCAGCAUUUUGCAGCUUAAGUCAUUUUGCAGCUGCUGAACGGCUAGACAGGGAAAGUAGUAGCAAUGAAGCCUUGGUUAUUUUUUUGAAAUCUUUAGGAGCGGACUCGCACCAUUGACCUUCAGCAAAGCCUCUUGUUUUCUGAGCACAUUAUCUUGAAUUCUAAGAUUACUGCUCAGUGAUAAUCUUACAAGCCAUUUCAAUUGAUUUCCCAUUUUUCUUUUCUUAAAUCAUUCCCAAAACAUUUUGGUACAUUGAAUUCGAAUUACCUUCGGAGAGGAAUCCUAUUUGUAUUAUUUCCCAAAAUGUUGUCUUUGGUCAAUCUGAAAUGUUACUUCAGCCGUUUUGGAGCUGGAGAAAUACCAGCUUUUUGAUAGAGUAACAGUGGUAUCUUGUCUAGUACGAUGGUCAGUUCUGGUGGGAGAUUGAAACGCUGGACUGACAGUGUUCUUCCCUUCUUCUUUUUUUGUGUAUAAUUUAAGCAAUAUUUAAUUUCUGCCAUUUUGAACGUUAUCAAAAAGACAAUCAUAGUCUCAAGGGCUUUUGUUUCCUUGGAAAUCUUGUUUGAUGUUCACCUUAUUUGUUUGAGUACAGAUACUAGCAACAUGAAAAUGAUCUAUUCUAGACUAAUGGCUAAAGUCUGUGUCCAAGGCAUUUUUCGCUCUGUGCCUAGAACCAAAAAAAUGCAAUUGAUUGCCUCCAUGGCAGUACGGAUGCAGGAUUGCAUGAUAUGAUGAACCCUGGGGUCUCACCCACUGGGUAGCAGAGAAGCAUUGGAUCCUAUUCAGACUUGUUAAUCUGUUGAGGAUAUGAUUCCUUGGUUGGGCUUGAUUGUUCAUGUCUCCGGACAGAAUUCAUGACUAACUAAAGAGACUUGAAAGCCUAGUAGGUACGUAGGGUUACUUACUGUAGGAAGGAACUGAGAGGAAACUGUUACACUCUCAUAUGGCCAGUAGUAAUACUUGUGUUUCUAGUAAAGCCGAUAAGUGUGAAAUUCCUUUUUUGGUAUGUAUCCUGUCUUGUGGCUCUACAUACAUUGUAGAUUUGUUGUAUCGGACCACUGGAGCUCUUUGCCUGACUUAAUUUAAAUAUUUUUACACUACCAUUUCUAUUACAUCAUCAGAGGAUCAAUAGAUUUCAGUGACUCACUGGGACUCAUUUUUCAUUUCAUGCUUCGCCACAACCUCGUCUCUAGAUGAAUGCUAAAUGACAUGCAUUAGUUCUGGAUGAGAAAUGUGAGGACCUAAUAUGAUACCAGAGUUGCAUAUCAUGUUGUGCCCUAUAGUCAGUGUUGUCUGGGGGAGAGGAGGAACAAAGGGAAGUGUAUAGUCUUUUGAUGUUGUUAUGUGAAAAGGGGGAAUAGUCUCGGGCUGUGUGGAACCAGGAACCAAAUGACAUGGAUUGAUGACGAACAACAGGAAAUUCAUGUUGGCAUUAUUUUAGUUGUAUGCACACUACAAUGCAGUUCCAUUUUAGCCCUGAUCCAAGGCACUUGAGAUAGUUAAGCACUUUAACACAUUCAGCAUAUCUGUGUGCAGUCUAAAUACAUGCAUAUGUACAUAUGGGUUGUAGCUAAAGUGCAAAAGACAGGAACAGAUUGCAAGGAUUGUAUACGCUUCAUUGACUGAGAUUUCACUUCAAAACUCUAAAGCUAAAAAGAUCUCAUGGUCCAAAAUCCAGUCAUCACGAUGCGGUUUCAUUGAUGCCAGCCCAGGGUCUGCUACUAGUCCUUGUGGUUAGUCCAGUGAAUUAGCUAGGCUUGCUUUCACCGUGCUUGUAUCCUCCUCAGGCUCCUCGCCUACCUCCACACUGAGGGAUGCAUGUUGUACAAUAGAGACACUGAUUACCUCAAUCAUCCAACCGCAGGUGUGUCUGGCUAGCAGGUCAGGGUCACGUUCCCCAGUUCAGACACUGCAUGCAUCAGCCGAUGGUUGCGUGGUACGUCAUCAACUGCGUGCCGUCAGGCACCUGAUUGCUAUAACAUAGUGAUGUGGUUACCUGGUAUUUUACAUAUCUGGCAUGUGUCAGCAACGUCUGAGAAGAGGAACACGAGCCAGAUGUGUCUGUGUGUGUAUAUAGAUUUUAUUUGUCAAUCCUCUUGUCCAGCUGAUGGCGCCAGUUCUUCAGUAUAUAUCCCAUCUGGGACCACCCCAUAUCUGUGUUCCAUUGAUAGACUGAGAACUCAUUGUAAAGGAGCUUGAGAUCAUAAUUCUGACUUUAAAGAAACAAGUAAAAUAUAUUUCCCUAGGGUUUAAUAUUAGGAAGCAAUGAAAGGAUUAUUUGUAGCAUUAAUGACUGUGAAAGACGUGUGCAGCACAUCUAUUGCUCUUCGACUGUGUUUAGGCCAAUCCAACAAAGCAUUUCAUACAUGCCAAUUGAAGAUUUGCGGAGUAGUCGUCACUUGAGAAUCUUAGGUCACAGUUAGGGCCUUAUUUGCCAAAGUACAUUGGAUAAUAACAAAAUAUAUUUAAAAAAAGAAUAGCAAUGGGUUUGAGAAAUAUGCAUGCAUUCGAGCAAUGUACAUACUGAAUAUAAAUCUGAGCCAUGAAUUGACUGACGUGUGACUAGGGUCAAAUUCGAACAAGACUACUUGCUUUCUCCUGACUUCAACUAUUACACUGCAUUUCUCUGGCGUUCAUGAAAUGAUCAAGUAGCAGCAAGAAAUAAUUGUCAUAUUAGUCUUCCUGUUAUGGGUCUUUCUUAAAUGUGUUUCAGCUAUACCUAGGCCCCUAUGUGUAUGUCAUAACCAUGUAUUGACAAUGGAGACAGGAGGUUGGAGGGUUUGAACAUUCAUCUCUAACACCAUUAAGAUUGCCUUACAAUAUCUUCUGAACAGGACAUUUAACUACGCUGUAGAUGCUUUCAUUUUUUACAUUAAUUGGUAGCCCGUUUUUGAAAAGGACAAUGCACCUAGCUAGCUACAUCCAUUUAGUGCCAUAGAAACCUUUAUUUGCCUUUAAGCAUAAUAGUCAUACUGUACUUGGUCAGUAGAAAAUGUGUUUGUUUGGACUCAUUUACUGUGGUAGCCAUGGUUAGAAUGAAUAUUAUUAUACUUUUUCUUUUUUAGAAUGAUUAUUAAGUUCUGAUUUGAAGCAUUGCUGGCACAGAUACAAGUCAUGAUGUCAGUGGUGACUAAUGGUUUCAACCACUUAGUACUGAUUGUAGGAAGUGGAAAGCAAUCAUAGAAUAGAGUUGGUGGUAGUCUGGAGAAAAGAAUGGAUGGAAGAUUUAAAAUAUUUAUAAUUGGACAGACUUUGUGUUGGCAAAAACGGAUAAUAAUAAUAAUGAAUGGUAAUUUCUUUGCCUGUGGUUUGUAAUUAUUAUAGAACAGUUUUUGAUGUUUGCAGAUGUAUGGUUAACAGGGAAUAGAUUUACCUCGUCCUCUCGAUGGAUGCCCCUAUUCUUACUUGAAGUAUUUUUCAUAGAAUACAAACGUAAAACUUUAAUUUACAGCAGAGCCUUUUUAAAGGUAAAGUAACAAGUUUCUUGCGGUACCUACUAAGUUAUAACACCUAACAUCUUGUUAGUUAUGUUUCCCAGUGGGACUGCUAAAAUCUCUGCUGGUUUUUACUAUUAUGGGAUGUGUCCCGAAUGGCACCCUAUGCCCUACAUAGUGCACUACUUUUGACCAAAGCCCUAUGGGGGGCCUCUGGUCAAAAGUAGUGCACUAUAAAGGGAAUGGGGUGUCAUUUCGGUCGCACACAGAGAUCCUUUUGGUGUAGAAGCACAUGCAUCCAUGUUGGUGGCACACUGCUCAAGGUUGCCUUGUGAUUGUUUUGGGGAUUUUGCCAUAUUUGUAAGUGAAAAAUUGGGAUUUCACUUAUUACCGGUCUUGUCAGCUCGACUGUCACCUCCAAAACCAAAUAACGCUGUUAAUUAAGUACCUCCAUACCGGUUGGAGAGGAGAGAAAGGACGAACACAGACGUCUACCUUGUUGUCAGUGUGAUUUCUAAGGACCAAAUUAUGAGAGUUCUAGUAUAUGAAGGGCAGAAGAAUCUGUAAUUCAAUGGAGGUCAUGAGGAAAAGUAGUGUGAAAACACAUUCUAUAGUGGGGGGACUGCUAUGCAGUAAUUAUUUACCCCCUUAAGUUAGUGAAUGUGGGAGGUUAUGUAGGGUAUCACUCAUGCUAGCUUUCCCCCUGCUUGUGGUCUCAUCACGUUUCUUCCAUCAUUUGGACCUGUGUGAUAACCAGCUCAGAGGUGGUUGGUGCCUUUUUUAAAAUGUGUUUUUAAAUUAAUGCUCUAUCUACCGCAUGGUCUUCCAUUUAUACCUCCCGGAAGCCUUAUGAAUGACAUGUAAAAGCAUAGAAGAGCGCAUCUCUCUGAAAAUAACAUUCUCAACCUACAGUAUGUGAUGUGAGCUAAAGUAAGCAACUUGUGUUUUACGUUCUUGGCCGAUUCUGUGUGCAUGCUAUGGGUCUCCGAACUCGAGUCAUAUGGAGUGAACUAUCUGAACAAUAUCCUACCUGAUGUUGAAUGCACCAAUAUUGAGGUAACUUUUUGAAAGCACAAAUCCAAAGAUGGAACCAUUAUUCUUUAAUGUCAUCUCAAGGAUGGCUCUCAAUGCUGUGGCGGUUAGAGCCAAGAAAGGUGGUCAUGGAGAUGAGGAAAGCAUGGGAUUGGAUGGUCGGUACCAGUACUGUAAAUGUAGUUCUCCUGAAGUCUGAGCAUAUCAAUUCAGAUUGUUUCAGUUGUAUGUAUUUAAUUAAACUCGCUAGCUGUAGAAUAUAUCAAGUUGUGGAAAUCCUAUUGGGGUACAGUAGUAAUGAUAAUGUGUUGGUUGUAACUGUUUUGGAGUGUUUUUGUAUUAGACUGAUUGAAAGUAGGGGUUUUCUUAGUAGCGUUGAUAGUGUGACCGUGCUGUAAUAUAACAUGCGUUGUCUGAUAUUAGCAUGAGGGCGAGGUAGAUCGUCCUCUUUAUGCUUGCCUCUAUUUUGUUUUUAAUGGUUGAAAAAGACGAGUGCAAUAAACCUUAUUUAUCAUUUCCUUCCUCAAGUAAAAGAACAUGUCUUGUGUUUUCAAGGCCAAAAACAAAAUAGACUUUCUGUGGCUGGCAGUAGGAUUGGAACCUUUCCUUGCUGCUUUGCGUCCAGAGAAGUGGCACUUGUUAGAAUCUAGAAUAUGGAAUUGCAUUCUUAGGACUGUGUGAUUUUGAUAUUUAAGUAUCAAAGCUGCUUGCUCAUAAGGGAGACCGUGUACAAGAUGAUUUGACUGGUAGAUCAACCGUGUGUGCUUUUGUUCGUGCAGUUGGAUGGCAUUUUAUGGAGUGAAUCUCCUUGAAUCUGAAAUGUUUUGCUUGCGUGUGUAGGUGUGUACGUAUGCAUCGUCCUCCGUAUCAAAUUAAAGGUGUUUUUUUGGACGUAAAUUAAGUGGUUUAAAGAAAUGCUGAAAUACCUUCUUGUUUUCAGAAGAAACAUUGAGAGACUUCCCCCUAAUUCAUCUCACCCUCACUAAACGGGGGUGUGCAUCUUUCACAAUCUUACCACUUGCUCGGUGUGUGUGAUAAACUUGUACAGUGAAGAUCAGAACAGCUUAAGAAAGUUGAGACAAUUUCCUGAACUGUACAAGUAUAAUGUUGAGGGGGUGAAUGGCAGGUCUCCCUUAAUGUAAGUAGGCAGGCCUGUCUAAAUCAGACAUAUCGAUGACAAUGGAAAUUAAAAGGUAGCAAAUAAAGUGUACCAGUAUCGUAAGAUCAGCUCAGUGCCUAGGGUAGGACGUAUACACCUUUUUGACAUGUCGGAGGCCCUUUGACACACCCGUUUGACAUGUACUAUGUUGGAAGCCCGUACGAUAUUGCUUGUUCCCCUUGAAAUUAACCUUUUAAUCAGCAGAGGUAGGACAUAUUCGAAAACCAUGUUAGCCAUUACAGCAGUAAUUUGCUGUACAAGCAACUUAUACUUCACCCACGAUGAAGUCUGUUCUGGAGGGGGGGCGGAGUCUGAAUCAGGUUCUGGAGUAUCUCUCCAUAAUGGUGAUUCUCCUAGAGCACAGUGAUUCGGACAUUAUCAGUUGGAGGUACUCUGUGGCUUAUGUGCUCCCUGAGCAAUACAUGGGGGAAAGGAUGUAUUCGUUGGGUAUAUCCUGUGAUAUUUGUCGGUCCUUCUGCUGUUUCUUUAUUUGUUCUGCAGCACCCUAACUGAAUGUGAACUGAUAAAGACCGACUAAGGGUUAGUUGCCUGUUUUUACUCAGUGGCUUAUCUUUUGUAAAUACCAUGGAGUGGACCCCAUACCAGGAGGGGGGGCGGAGUCUGAAUCAGGGCACAUGAUUAGUUAUAAUCAAAUGGUUUCUCAAUACACCGUUAAAGAGAUUAGUUUUGUCCGCCAAACAUUCCAAUAGUUUUUGCAAGCUUUGCUGUUGGGUAACAAGUUCUAAACUUCUUUGCUGGUGAAUGGUAGUAUCUUUGACAGGCCUACAGGUUUCUGUAGUUUUUACCCCCCCCCCCCCCCCCCCCCCCCCCCCCCCCCAGUGGAAGGAACCAUUCCCUAUUUUAACUCUUGAUUACCUCAUUUACAAACCUUCAAAUACUAUUCUACUGUGAGUAGAAAAUGCCAUCACCAGCAUGUGCUCUAGACCUGUGAUGGCAAUGACACCAGGACCAAUGAUGUAGCUCCAUUUCCAAAUGAAUUAAUUCAAACAUGGCCAGUCAAGGAAUAUUAACACGCCUCUCACUUACUACAAAUUCUAUAAGUUGUAAAUAAACUUGUUUGCAUUUCUUGCGGUUUUCAGUAGAAACAUUUUUCCUACCUCCUAUAAAUUGCAGCUUUGAGUUAAUCUCCACCUGUUUUGACAAACACACAAAUACACGGUAGCCUAUGAGAACCUUAGAAUUUUACCAUGAACAAUUAUAAUUCAACAUGAAGUGUGCUUGAUUGUAUAAUUGUGUGUUCAACAUGAAAUUAUUUAUGAAAAACAUAUUAGAAAAUGGCACUGGGAUGUGAAGCCAGACUGUGUUAUGACGCAUGUCUUCUACCCACGCUAAACAUUAAUUUUGACUGAUGUGCUCCUUGCAUAGCAAAACCCCUUUUUGGGAUGAAUUACAUGAGUACAUUGGCAUUUUCUGUUUGUCUUUGUCUUGAACCGAUGUACAAAUGUUUUCAUGUGCUCUACAUCUCAGAGUUUACAGCUUCCUGGAAUGUGAAUGUUUUGUUGGAUUAGUUAAUGCAUACGUAUGUACGUACAGCUGGUUUGGUACUACCAUAAUAUAUAUUUUUCACAGGUUGUCAUGGGGGAGUCAGGUUAUAUGCACAUUGUUAUAUUCUGUACGUGGGUGAGUUUUGUUCCCCUCAAGCCGUAUGCCUUCAAAAACACUAAUCCACUCCAAACCAAACUGUUGGUAGGUGUUUGCCUCCCCACCAUAAUCUCUGUAUAGCUGCUUUAAUUCCAUGUGACUAGGGGACCAGUGAGAGGUCCGGUAUCUGACCAGACAGACCCAUGCCCUGCCCCACAUUCCCAGUCACCCCACUAUCCCUCCAAAACCUCAAGCCAUUUCUUUAUUUGACAAUGCAAUCGAUCCUGAAAGCACUUUGCCUUGUUAUUCCAUUGUGUGAACAAUAUGUAAAUGGUCAUUUGUUAUAGAAAUGUAAAAGCUAAUUCACAAUUUUGGAAGAAUCUGCAACUGUCUUUGACGCUAAAAUGAUUUUAAAGGAUUUAUUAAAUAUUUAAACUAUUUUAUACAAUGUUUGCUGCAGCCAGUUGGUCUUGUCAUUCAGUAUUGUGGCUUAGGGUUGGUUGUGUGUUUUAAAUAAAGUGCUAUUGCUGAAUAUUCAA